UUAAUUAUUUUCUUGCCCACUUUGUCAGUAUUAUUUCUUGUUUUUUCCUCUACUAUUUUAUCAACCAGUUGUCCACUGGUUACAUUUCACUCUGCUCAAAGAGUUCUCAACAGCUUGGGAGUCCAAGCGUCAGGAAUUUUAAAGGAGGAGCACAAAUAACUUGCUAAAGAUGGAGGAAGUAACAAAUGUCAUGGAGUAUGAGGCCAUUGCCAAGAAAAAGUUGCCAAAGAUGGUUUUUGACUACUAUGCCUCUGGUGCUGAAGACCAGUGGACUCUGGCUGAGAACAGAAAUGCCUUCUCAAGAAUUCUGUUUAGGCCCCGUAUUCUCAUUGAUGUGAGCAAAAUGGACAUGAGCACCACAGUGCUAGGAUUCAAGAUUUCAAUGCCUAUCAUGAUUGCACCAACAGCCAUGCAGAAAAUGGCACAUCCUGAAGGGGAGUAUGCUACAGCAAGAGCGGCAUCAGCAGCAGGCACAAUCAUGACAUUGUCAUCUUGGGCCACUUCCAGUGUCGAGGAGGUUGCUUCAACAGGACCUGGCAUCCGUUUCUUCCAGCUUUAUGUCUACAAGGACAGGAAUGUUGUUGCUCAGCUUGUGAGAAGAGCUGAAAGGGCAGGUUUCAAGGCUAUAGCCCUUACUGUUGAUACCCCAAGGCUGGGACGUAGAGAAGCUGAUAUUAAGAACAGGUAAUAUCCUAAUACUGUCAUAUCAUUAGGUUUUAUCGCCU